AUGGGUGAGCCGGUGUUUCUGUCUACGCUGACUCGGAGUCCUCUGAGUAUAGAGUGCUAUAACCGGAUCACAGUGAUGGAGGAUAGAGGAGACACAGCCCAGGUGCAGGGCCUGGCCCAUCAGAGCAGCGCCCCAGGAGAAGAGAACAAGAAACAAGCUUCACCAUUUAGCACUAAUCUCCCCCUUACCUCUCUGAAGAGUGAGUACUUCGGACCGAUCUACGUCAGGACACCACCCCAGGAGUUCACGGUGGUGUUUGGCACAGGCUCCUCGGAACUCUGAGUGCCCUCUGUCUACAAGGACACCAAGGAUCCACUAAUCUGGGUCUUUGUUGCAGAAAAUCAUCACCGUUUUGAUCCAUCUAAGUCAUCCUUCCAGAACCUGAGCAAGCCCCUGUUUGUCCAGAAUGGCACUGGCAGAGUACAGGGCUUCCUGGGCUAUGACACUGUCACAAUCUCCGAUACUGUAGUUCCCUACCAGACUGUGGGCCUGAGUACUCAGGAGCCAGGUGAAAUCUUCAUCUACUCUUCAUUCGAUAGCAUCCUGGGGCUGUCCUACACUUCUCUUGCUUCCAAGUGUUCAGUACCCAUAUUUGACAACAUGAUGAAUAGGCACCUGGUUGCCCAAGACCUGUUCUCCAUUUACAUGAGCAGGAAUGACCAGGGUAGUGUGCUCACGUUGGGGGCCGUCAAUCAGUCCUACUUCAUAGGCUCGGUGCACUGGGUACCUGUGACUGUGCAGGGAUAUUGGCAGUUCAUAGUGGACAGGAUCGAGGUCAAUGACGAGGUGGUGGCUUGUAAAGGUGGCUGCACUGCUCUUCUGGACACAGGCACUGCCCUGCUGUGGGGGCCUGGUAGAGGCGUCCUCAGUAUCCAGCAGGCCAUUGGUGCUGUGCAGGGCCAGAACGGCCAGGCCCACGAGAGGGUACAAGGAGUCUCUGCAGAGAAGCCUGCAUGUGUCUGGCAAUGCCCGGACUCAGCCAUACCUCCUGCAGCUUUGAACGGUGUCCUAGAAAAGCUGGUAAUUCUGAAGUCAGAUUCCAUCUGCCAGACUGUUAUUUAUUCCAACAAGCAGCACAGAAAUCUCGUCAGGUCCUGUGUCCUAGUUGUUGCUCCAGAUGCUGUGGUUCCCAUCCAGGGUCUGCUUCAGAACUUGGCUGUGAAGUGA